GGGCGGCGGCGCUGCGUGGCUCCGGAGGACCGGCGCGGAUCUGCAGCGGCUCGCUGAGGCCGUGGGUCGUCGCUGCAGCUCUCAGGACUCUUGGGGCGAACUUGCCAGACAGAGAGGAGCGGAAGGGAAGGGAUGCACGGGCAUGGAGACUAUGACUCUGAUUUUAGUGACGAUGAGCAAGGUGGAAGAUCCAGCAAAAAGAGGAAGAAGACAGUCGAAGAUGAGUUGCUGCUUACAAAACCAUUUCAAAAAGAAAGACAUGGAAAGGUGGCCCAUAAACAAGUUGCCGCAGACUUGCUUGACAGAGAAGAAGCAAGAAAUAGAAGGUUUCAUCUCAUAGCUAUGGAUGCUUAUCAAAGGCACACAAAGUUUGUAAAUGACUAUAUUUUGUACUAUGGUGGCAAAAGAGAGGACUUUAAGCGGUUGGGGGAGAAUGAUAAGACAGAUCUGGAUGUUAUACGAGAAAAUCAUAGAUUCCUAUGGAAUGAGGAGGACGAAGCAGAUAUGACUUGGGAGAAGAGACUUGCAAAGAAAUACUAUGAUAAAUUAUUCAAGGAAUACUGCAUAGCUGAUCUCAGUAGAUACAAAGAAAAUAAGUUUGGAUUUAGGUGGCGAAUAGAAAAAGAAGUAAUUUCAGGAAAAGGCCAGUUUUUUUGUGGAAAUAAAUGUUGUAAUGAAAAGGAAGGCCUGAGGAGCUGGGAAGUCAACUUUGGUUACACUGAGCAUGGUGAAAAAAGAAAUGCCCUUGUUAAAUUAAGACUAUGCCAAGAAUGUUCCUUUAAAUUAAAUUUUCAUCACAGGAGAAAAGAAAUCAAGUCAACAAAAAAAAAGUCAAAAACCAAGACUGAGUGUGAUGAGUCGCCUCGUAAGAAAUCCAGAUCAUCAUCUUCAGAGGAAGUUUCCAAGGGGAACGAUGAAGGGCAUUCAUCCUCAAAUAGGUCAGAAGAUUCUAGAAACAAAUGGGUAUAAACAAGCCAGGCCAGCUUUAUUGAAUUAUUGUCAAAAGAGAAGAUAAACACAAAAAGUCUGUCACACAAAGGAAGUCCUUGAUAACCUGUAGCUCUGUUGCAAUGCCAGCAAAAAGAAAAUGCCAGACGUUAAACAGUCUGUAUUUGCUCUCUGAAUUGAUCAGAUCAAAAGUGAAUACCUGACCAUUUAUUAUGGUUAUUAGAGACAUUCACCAUUCUUCUGUUGAGUGAGUUUUUAGUUAUCAUGUAAUAUCUACAAAAUGCAAGCAUUUGGGAAAACCCAAAGCAUUUAAGCACCAUACAUUAAGGAGAACUUUGAAGGCUGGAGCAGAUCAAACACGGAGCAGUCAAUAUGUUACAAGAACUGAAAGUGUGCCGUGGGAAGAAUGUUGGUGAACUAUGGAUGUUUAGUUUGGAAAACAGUGGAGUAAUAUAAGGAGACGAGCGCGAGGGUGAGGAUGGAAAAUUUGGAGGUGUUUGGAGGCUGUUACUCCAUGGGAGAUAUAUUUUUGGUGAUUGGUUCAUGGAACUUGGGUCAGUAGAUAAAAAGAGCCUGAAAACACAUUUUGUCCUCAGUUUAAGGAAAACUGUUCCUUAGAAUUCUCUGACAAAUAGAAGACCGAUUGGAUGCUACUUGUUAUCAGAAGUGUCACAGUGGCUGGGUUCAUUUUGCAGGCAGAGUUGGAUGAGCAGACCCCCAGAGACCAGUAGAGCAACAGGCUAUGGCUCAGCAGACAGGCUGCUGCUGCCAAGCCUGAUGACCUGAUUCGAUCCUUGGGACUCAUGUGUCCUCUGACCUGCACACAUGCAUUGUAGCAUGUUCACAUUACAUCACACGCAUGAAUGUGGACAGAAGAACUAAUUCUUGCCCAUAAUUAUUGCAGACUUGACAGUGAAGCUGUGAGAGGAUCAUUGUGUAUUGACUGCUCUACCUGUCAUUCCAUAGUGGGUCCUUUCUCACCCCUGGGGCAGGUGGUUGUAGUUCUGUUUAUAGUGACUUUUACCCUCAGGGAAUCAGGAAGGUUUAGACUCAUAGGGUGGAAGGAACUUUAUAGAUCAUUUAGUCUGUUCCUAUAGAUUGGCUUCUCUGAGGUCACCUUUCCAAUGGAUACUCUGUCAAGGGAUUUAUUUGAAGAUGAUUUAACUCCUUAAAAGUAAAAUUGCAUUAUCUGGUACUAGAAAAUUGAUGUACUGGUGGACUGGGGUAAUAGUCCAUGUGGUACAGUGCUUCCAUGAAAGCAAGGGAUAUUGCAUUCAGUCCUCAGAGCCCACUUUAAAAACUAGGCCAAGGUCAGCUCAGUGAGUGAAGGUGCUUGCCACCAAACUUGACAGUUUAAUCCCUGAACCCACAUGGGAGUGAGAUAGAAUUGACUUCCAUAGUUUCUGGUUUAGUCUCCACACUGUGUCCUGCUUGUGCACCCCUGCAUGCACAUAUAUAAAAGUGUUCAAUAAAUGGUCCAGGUUUGGUAGCACACAUUUUCAGUCCUAGGGCUGGGGAGGCAGAGACAGGCAGAUCUCUGGGUCCAUGUCAGGCAGCCUCGCCUGUUUAGUGAGUUCAAGGCCAGUGAAAGACUCCUGUGGACAAUACCCAAGGAACAACACUAGAAGUUGACCUUUGUCCUCCAUGUGUACACACGCGCACUAUUCUUAUGCACACCACACACAUAGACAAAUACACUCAUACAAAGGAAUUAGUGUAGGAAAGCUGACUUGUGGAAAGUAUUCUAGGAGGGAACAGAGUGAACAGAGUCGCUUGCAAUGUAAGACUUUACAAUCAACUGCUUGUUUUUAAAGGCCAUAUAGGUUCUGUUCUCUGACAUCUGGACAGUCAUGCCAUACAGAGAACUUCAUCAGACGUAAUUGGGUUUUCUGUUUCUUCUCAUCUCAGUGAGUGGAAGAUUUUAUUCUUCCUUGUAUUAUCAGUUCAAGACACUGGGAACUUUGGGGAUGGCUGUCACGGAGCAGGCGUCUUCCUCUAAGACUUGAUAGUUUCAUCAUCAUGUGUACAUAGCUCAUUAGACAGCACCCUCCCCUGCUAUUUGUUAAAAUUGGUGCCACAACAGGUUCAGUUAGGAUCAAAGUUCAAGCAUACACAUUGAUUCAAGGAUCAGAGUCCAGCAGGUAAAAGGCUACAACCACUGUGGCCAAUCAAUGCGGCUUUAUUUUUGUUCUGUGCUGAACUGAGGGACGUUCUGUACUGGCAAGCCAAAUCUGAGUUACGUCAGAACGCUAGUGGUAACUCCACAAGGGAAUUACCUCUUACUAUGGCAUUCUUGAUUUAGCAUCUUUUCUUUUAAUCUUAUGGAUGUUGUGUAAGUUUAGGUUCGUAAAGGGCACACUGUGUUAGGAUGAGCACAUCAAGAACUAAGCUUCUGUGUAUGACUUUGAUGUUACAUUUGAGAAAGUAUUUGUCAGACAUUUUAUAAAAAUAAUGUUUAUUACUUUAAUUAGAAAAACUUACUCUGAAAGAGGCCUUCUCAGACACUGUUUGGAAGAAAGGAAACUCUAUAACCUUUCUUCUGGAGGAAAACCUGACCCUGUAACUGGGCUUAGAACACACUGAUGCUGCCUUUGGAAUUUGAUAUUUUAUUUGGAAUAGAUAAGCACCUCAGAUAAACAUGGACAGAGAUGCACACUGUGCAACAAGAAAAACAGCUUGGCUGGAGUGUGUGCCCACUGUGGAGCUCUUGCCAGCAUGUUGAAGACGCUGGGUUUAAUCACCAGACUGCUCCCCCCCCUCGCGCCCAAUGAAAAUAAAAUGGGAAAUAGAGCCUAAAUCCCCACCAAUCAGAAAUUAAUGAUCAGUGAAUCAAAUUCCAUAUAACUUAUUUUGUUUUGUUUUGUUUGUUUGCUUAAAGUUUUCAUGGGGCUAGAUAGAUGGCUCUGUGGGUAAAGCACAUACUGGUCUUAGAGAGGAUCUAAGUUCAGUUCCAAGUAUCUUCAUUGGGAGAUCUGACACCUCAGCCCUCUGCAAACACCUGUACAUACAUAUGCAUCAUUAAAAAUAAAAAUAAAUUCUGGAAAAAAUUCUCAUUAUAAAAACUUUGACACACACACCCAUAUAUAUAUUGUCAAGGAAAACUGUCUAUGUUAUCUCAAAUCCUUUAUAGUUACAAAAUUAUGCACAGUAUAAUCCAAUUAAUUUAUUAAAAAGGUACAUGUUAUACUUUUUUAGAUUUUUUUUAAAGAUUUAUUUAUUUUAUGUAUAUGAGUACACUGUAGCUAAACAGAUGGUUGUGAGCCUUCAUGUGGUUGUUGGGAAUUGAAUUUUGUAGGACCUCUGCUUGCUCCGGUCAACCCUGUUCACUCUAGUCAGCUCCACUUGCUCUGGUCAACUCCACUCGCUCAGGCCCAAAGAUUUAUUUAUUAUUAUACAUAA